GCGUAUUGUCUUUCAAUCCUACUUGCAUGCGUAAUUGUGAUCUUAAAAAGGGAAAAAAGAUAGAAGCUGCUGCUUCUAUCAUUCCGAUGGAGGACAUUUCGACUCCUCAAAAUUUUUUUCUUAACCGUGACGCUAUUUGGAAGGCUGUGGAAUCUUUCAAGACCUGGAAGACCAUAGAUGUGGUCAUUGAGAUGUCAGGGGUGGAGCCCGUGCUAGCUCAGGUUGUGCCUCCUUUGCCCCCCACUGAGGCCAGUACAGAGUUGGCUCUGGUCGAUCCUGAUCAAGCUGAUGUCACGCUCGCGACUGUUGGGGAUGCCUCUAUUUUUGGGAAAAAUUCAGAGGUUACUAUAGUAAGGGCAGUGGUCAGCUCGAAUAGGUCUUCUCCUACUAAAUAGGUAGGGGAGGCUUGAAACGGAAGAAUUCUCGUCUCCCUCAGGAAUCGACCGCCAUUGCCUCGGGGACGAUAGAAAAAAAGAGGCGGUUGGUAAAGGAAUCCAAGCUAGUCUCCUCUCUGAAGGUGACUUCAUCUUCCUCUAGUAUGAGAAAGCCCAUUUCGGAUAAAGCGGGUAAGGGCAAGGGCAAGGAAUGCCAGACUCAAGAGUCAAUAAAGAGCUAUCUACUGCCUUAAUUUCCGAUGAGGCUGGGCUGCCUUUCCAACUAGGGCCCGAUUCCACUCCUACCUCAAUUGCUGAGGUAUUGAGCAACCAUAUUUUCGGGCCAUUCCCCAGUUUGAUUGGCCAUCAGAUGAUGAGCACGAUUUUCAGGCUGAUUGAAUCCACCGUGCAUUCAAACUCUUUUGCUUCUCGAGUGGAGGAGGACCUUUUUAAGGCUUCUAAAAGACAAGUUCUUCUUCUUUUGAGGGUUUUACUAGAGCUCGAGAAUAGAAAAGUCAGUGCUCGGGAGGCUGCCCUUCGUGACAUUGAAAAGGCCAAAGAGGAGGAAGUUGCCCGGGUAACUGCCUCAUUGAAGACUCUGUAUGAGAGGGAGAUGAGCCAGUUGGAAGGGCUUCUCCGAGAUAAUCAAGUCUAGAGUGAGAAGAUUGCUCUACUAGAGGCACAAAUUGCUGAGGAGAGGUCUAUUACAGAAGCUAAACUUGUUCAAGAGAAGACUUCUGUGGACUAGAGGGAGAAAGGCCUUUCAGCUCGGUCUGCCCAUCUUGAGGGGGAGAUAAUGAAGCUGUUCGAGGAACUGGGAGAGGUCAAAUUAUUGUUGAGCAAGGUUCAAGGGGACCUAAGUGCUUCCGAAGCCGUGAGGAGACAGCUUGAAAGUGAGAUCCACGAUCUUUCUACGCAGUAUAAGGAUUAUGAAAAGAAGAUUGUGGACGCUAAGGAGAGUGCAAAGAUAAUCAUCCGAAGCAGGAUCAACAAGUACCUUAAGUCGGACGAGUUUAAGGGUAAGGUCUUUGAGCAGUCCACUCAUUUUUAUGUGACGGGCUUCAACUAUGGCAUCUUGAAAGCUUGUAAAUUUUUUGUUGUUCCCCUUAGUACUCUCUGGGCUAUAGAGUAUGAUUCUGACAGUGAAAAAGUACAAUAUGGCCCCGAUGACCGUGCUCUUCCCAAAGCAUGUUCCCCUCUUCCCUAGGGGAUGUUGGCCCGCUUGGCGGCUAGGUUUGACUAAGGUGUCAAUCAAGUCGGUGAUGGUCCACCUGUGCUUGAAGCUGUUAAUGCCCUUACAAAUCCUCCUUCGGCAAGUGAUGUUAUAGCGAUUCCAACUAUCGCGGCUGUUAAUCCUCAGAGAACGCUUUUGAAGUUAAGGCUGACUUGGCUGGAGGCCUUGCCUCCUCCGAAGAGACUUGAAGAUUUUCUCUUUUUCUUAAUUGUAAACACAUAGUUUAUUUUUGUAUUUCAACAUCUUUGUAAUGUAUGCAUAUUUUUCAUUGAAAUGGGGAAUUUAUGCUUUCGUCUGUAGUUUUAUUUUGCUUUUCGGCUUAU